AUGGACACCCUGCAGAGCAUUCCCUACUUUGAGGACAAGUUCUCCAAGAUCACCAUCAACAAGUCCCCCACCCGCAAAAAGAAAGUGUAUCCGCCACAUCUCUAUCCCGAUGGAACCAACCCCAAAGUGCCAUCCCUGCAAGAGACCAGAGCUGGCUCUGGCAAGACUGUUGGGCCUAUGACGCCCUCGCGGGUGAUCUCUUCCAGCAAGUCGUUUUCCACCGUCAAGCAACCAAACGAAAAGAGGGUGCUCAGCUACCCUCUUUCCGAGAUUUCCACCCUGAAGAAGGACUACCAGUUCUCGUUCAUGAAAGAAACCUCGUCGUCAUUACUGAAGAAGUACACCUCCCCCAAGCCCCACAUGCCCCAGGUGAUUCCCGUGUCCUCCACCAAGAAACGCAACGAGUACUCCCGACAGUUGUCCCAGUCCCUCAGAUCAAGACGGUUGGUUUCUAGUAAUUGUCCUCCAACAGAUAUCACCAACUUGUCCUACGCCUCGUCAGCCAGAGAAGUCAACGACUCGCCAACUAAACAAAGUGCAUACAGAAAUGCUUCCCAGCCUUUGCCUGUCAAAAAGGGUGACGUGUUCAACAGACUAUACCCUGGCCCUUCCAAACCUGAGAAGGCCACCCUUGCCCCCAGGAACGUUCAGGGGUACCCAUCAGCAUAUCAAAAACCACAAACUCGCUCCACGAGCUACACGAGCUCCACAAGUGCUACAAAAAUCGAAUCAUUGGCCCAGUUAUACACCAAGAUGUACCUGAAGGAUCCAUCUUUGUUCAGUGAAAAGUUCGAUUCGUCUACUAGCAACAACCAAUUUGCCACUCCCCUUGAUGUUACCCAAAUAUCAAGUACGUCAUUGAAUGCAUACGAAAAGGAGGAGUUGAGCCGCAAAAAGGAAGUUUAUUUCGUUCCAAACUUGGCACAACCAAGAAAAAUCGAUAUCAAGAAUUAUCAAAGCAAUUUUGGUUUUGACGACGCUAGUGGAAAUUAUCACAUUGUGCCGAACGAUCACAUCAACUUCAGGUAUGAAAUUCUAUCAAUCCUAGGCAAUGGGUCAUUUGGCAAGGUAGUUGAGACCAAAGAUCACAAGUCAAACAAGGUGGUUGCUAUCAAAAUCAUCAAAAACGACUUGAAUUGGUCCCUACAGUCCUUAAAUGAGAUAAAGCUAUUAAAGUUCCUUAAUGGGACAGGUCCUCCUACUAAGUUAUCCAACCAGCCCAAUACAUCCAUACUGACAACUCCGGAGUUUCCAGCGCUCUCAGCCGAAGUUUCCCCUUAUAUUUUGAAGUAUUUUGAUCAUUUCAAUUUCAGAAGUCAUAUUUGUAUUGUCAGUGAACUACUUACUUUAAAUUUAUUUACAUUGCUCGAGCAGACUGAUUUCAGCGGAUUUGGUUUACCAAUAAUAAAGUCUUUUGGGAGCCAAAUAUUGAAAGGAUUGAAGUUUCUUCAUUCCAGAAAUAUUAUGCAUUGUGAUGUAAAGCCGGAAAACAUUAUGAUCAAAUUCCCAACAGAUCCAGAGCUGACUGAUGUUCAUAUCAAGAUCAUUGAUUUUGGCUCAUCAUGCUUCAAGAACGAAGUGUCGUACACUUAUAUUCAGUCCAGAUUCUAUCGUGCUCCGGAGGUGAUGUUAGGCUCAAAAUACAACGAAAAAAUUGAUAUUUGGUCUUUGGGCUGUAUCUUGGCCGAGUUAUUCACCGGGAAUCCCUUACUUCCGGGCAAAAAUGAGUACGAACAAAUUGGAAUGAUCGUUGAUAUGGUGGGCGCACCAAAGAGUGCAAUGAUCUUAAGACAACGGGGCUUAAUCAAGAAGCAAUUGUCCAAAAACUUCGAACAGCCAACCACCAAUGACAAGAACUUGAAAAAAACACUCUUGUUCAAGUUGUUUGAUAUUAAUGGAAGAUUGAACGUAUCAUUGCUUAACUACUACAUGACCCAAUCGUCCAACAACCCCACAUUUAAAACAGUUACCGUGGCUUCUUCGGCUAGUACCACCAACCGGUCUUCCAAGCCUGGUAGCAAGCACUUGGGUGUAGUUCUUGGACUUGAAGGAAUGGAAACCGCUGACAAUAAGCAGUUCCUUCAAGUUUUGAACAGUAUUUUCUUGUGGGACCCAGCAGAAAGAGCAAGCGUUCAGGAUAUACUUCAACUAGACUUUUUCCUGGGAUCAUGA